GAGUCUGUGAAUGUCAUAGCCUCACUUACGCCAGUCCCACUGCAGUUCUGUUAUAGUGAGCACGAUCGCGUUAUAAACAACACUAUCAAAUAAAAAAAAACUGCACAUCUCUGGUUCAUUUUCGUCAUUUUCGAAAUUGGAACUAUUGAAGCGGGAAGCGGGCGGGUGCGAAAGAGAUGGCCGACCGCCCGCUAUUUCGGUGACGUAGUCCGUCGGUGCAUAGCGAAAUAAAAUAAUGAAAAGUGGCUUUAGUAAUUUCAUUGUGUUUACGCGCGUUGCUAGUUUGUUUGGCUACGUAAUUUUUUUUUAAAUGCAUCCAUUUAACGGUGUGGCGCCCUCUGUGUUUGUUAUAUCAGAUACUGUUAUACGCGUGGUAUAAACAUGGAGCUGUCAAAACAAUAACCUCUUUGUGUGCGAUAAAAAAAAAACUCGACGUUCAGUUUUUGAUGUGGAACCGUAGUUGCACGCCGGAAAAUUGGGUGUACGGUUUUUUCCAAACAUAACCUACGACAAUCUUCAGUUGCGCGCGAGCUGUCCUCGCAUGCGCCACUCGUUGAAUACGCGACGAAAUUCGACGAAAAUCGACGAAAACCGACGAAAAAACCACCGAAUGGAACACAUCGGUGAACACGAAAGAAAUCCCCGAACUUUUUAUUCGGUGAAUUUGAAAAUCGAACGCUGUAUCGUAUAUGAUUUGAAAUAAAACUUUUUCAAGUGAAAACUUUCUUGCUCAAUGUAAUUGUGAUUUUAUAAGAGUGCCUUACGUACAAAAAAACUAACUGAUAUUGUGAUGUAACAGUGCAAAAAUAAUUUAGAAAAUUAGACCGAAUAGUAUAACUAUUUUUAAAGUGUUAGUGAACUUGUAUUAAAUGUCUAUUUUCUGGAGUGUAACCCGACAGAUUUGAGUGCUUAUGGACUGCAGCGUAAAGUUGACAAGCCUCGCCGCGCCCGUGCCAUGGCAGAGUGCUCGUUCGUGCGGUGCCAGCAGGAACGACGCGCCAUCCGCAAGGAGCUGCAGCGCUGGACCAAGAACAUGGUCUACAUACUGGGUCUAGAACGGGUGGCAGAGGAGUUGAUGGGUCGAAGAAAAUGGAAACUAUACCAAGACGGGUUAAUACCAAAACGCAGCGAAGGGGAGCCCUCGAGCGAAGACGAGAGCAUCGUUGCCUCAGACCCCCCUCCCGCGCUGAAGAUCAAGACCAUCGAGCAGAUCAACGCGCCGGAGAGACAGGAGAGGACAGAGAGACCGGAGAGCCAGGAGAACCAGGAGAAGGAGAAGCCGCGGAGAGAGACGAUACUGGAGAGUCUCAUAAAGCGGCCCGCCACGCAGCCCAAGAUGGAGAUGGCGGAAGAGCCCGCCGAUUGGAAGCCUGCGGACCGUUGCUACUUCUGCGUCGACGGCGAGCGGCCUGAGCCGACCGACGGUCGGGCUGCCACCGGCGCCACCAGUCCAGCGUCGGAGUCAGACAGCAGCUCUGUGUCGGGGGCCAAGAGCCCCGCAGGCCCCCCGCUGCUGCACCACCUGCUGCAGCUGCAACUGCAGGGGCAGAACCCCCAGGCCAUCGCACAGCAGGCCUACACGGAGAUGUCUGUCCAGUUCCAGCAGAUGCUGGCAGCGCUGGCGGCGCUGGGCACGGGGCUGGUGCCGCCCGCGCUCUCGCAGGCCUGGAUGAUGCAGCGGCUUGCCACGGCCAGACCUUCGCAGGAUAGGCUAUCCGAGAGCGACAAGGCGCCGGCCCCCAGCUCGCCGCCGGCCGCAGAACAGCCGCUGGACCUCAGCGCCAAGUCCACGUCCAGCACCAGCGGCACCCCGCCCCCUGACCUCAAGAACCUCGAGAACAAUAGAUUAAAGCGAGCAGUCCUCGAAGGUUCCAGCAACAGCGCAAGACGAGCUUACACCGAAGAUGAGCUGCAGUCAGCGCUGCGGGAGAUCCAGUCCGGACGCCUCGGCACGCGCCGUGCUGCGGUGCUGUACGGCAUCCCUCGCUCCACCCUCCGCAACAAGGUCAACAAGUUCGGCCUCACCUCCGACACCGGCCAGGAGUCGGACCCCGACAGCGAGCCCGACAAACCGGAGUCGCCCCCCUCGGUCAUCCUCAAGAUACCGACCUUCCCGCCGCCGGACGACAAAAGCCCCUCCCCGGCGACCCCAGUCACGACUCCAGUCACGCCGAUCACGCCGAUUCUACCCCAGCCCCCUAUGAACCCGACCUCCCAGUUCAUGCCGCUCUCCGUCUUCGCGGACCCCCAGCCGCCCACCCAACAAAUCCUCACAUCCUUAAGCGAUGUGAUAGCGAAAAGCAUCAGCCAAAAAUUCCAACAACCAAUAGACAGACAUUCCCAACCUGAUCUGCCUUUCCUCCGCGCGCCCGACCGACACGUCUCCGUCAUAAAGACUCCGCCGGACAACCAGAGGAACUACGCGAUGCCGAGCAACUCCAAAAUGAACUCCAACAACAACGGCCAGCCGGCGAUCGGGGGCAAAGGCACGAGACCGAAGCGAGGGAAAUACCGAAACUACGAUAGAGACAGCCUCGUGGAAGCGGUGAAGGCAGUCCAACGCGGCGAGAUGUCAGUACACCGCGCCGGUUCGUACUACGGUGUCCCGCACUCUACUCUCGAGUACAAGGUGAAAGAGAGACAUUUAAUGAGGCCGCGGAAGCGGGAGCCGAAGCCGCCUCAGGAUAUAAAACCUCAGCCGCCGAAACCUCCCCCGAAGCCGCCGACGAAACCGUUCACGAAUGGUUUAAACGGUCCUGAAAGCGGUUACCCUCCAGGAUAUCCGUUCUGGCCUGGUGCGGGGUUCGCGCCGCCGCCCGCACCUGAUCUUUAUGCGUCGCACAUGAUGAGACGGUUGAGGGAGGAGGCGCCGCCGCCGGCGAACGGGUCGUUCCUCGAGGGUAUAAUCCGGUCGAGUCUGGAGCGGCCGGGGGCUGCGCUGCUGCAGCGGCUGAGCGCGCCGCCGGUGUCGCCGCCGGGCGCGCUCCGGAGACGCGCGUCGCCAGGGGAGGAGCCAGCGGCGCGCCGGCCCCGGCUGGACACGGACCACGCGCUGGCGGCGGAGAUGCGCGACGCGGUGCAGCGGCUGCGCGCCAAGGAGCUGCGACCACGCAACGGGACGCCGACGCCGCCGCCCGCGUCGCCGCCCGACGGCGAGCGCGCCUAGCCUCCGCCGCCUCACCCGCUAGUGCAAUAGACCGCCCGUUUGUGCAUUUACCUUCACAUCCCUCAGCAGUAGUUCAGUUCGGCACGGAUACGCAGAUCCGGUUUCGCCCUAUCAACCUCUUGGUGCGACGAUCGCCAAACGACUAGUGCAACCUUAUCAUACAGUUGAGCUGUAAGAGCUACUACUUCAAACUGCUUGUUCACGAGGAAUAUUUCCUGGGUACAAAAAUUAUUGGAGAAGUCGUGACUUCUUUGGACUACUUGUUCAGCGAUCAUUGUAUUUGUUGAACGCAUAUGGCAGAACCGAAUCCGCGCAUGUCAAGCCUCAAUCAGUUCCGCAGUAGGUCCCGCUUCCCCCCGCCCCCCCACGGUUACACAACGUAUCACCAAAUAAUCACAAUAGUUACCUAAAGUCACAACCGAUUCGAUAUAACACAGCUUUACUAAUGCAAUAAUCACAAUUAAAUAAAUAGUGUUAGACGCCCAUGAUUAGUGGACCGGUGGGAUUUGUGCGAUCCAUGCGGGGACAGUGUUGCUUCGAACUCGUGAGUUCCAUUUUCAAAUUUCGGUAUAUUGAAAUUUUAGUCGAUAGCGCGGGUAGUUUGAUUUAGUUUCAUUUUGUGUCUACCCUCAGUUACGCCUUUCGCGUUCCGACGUCGAGAUGACACUGGCUCCGCCCAACAAUCAGGUUGUCAUGAAUUUCUUUCCUAUUUCCGGAUGCCUCACUUUUGACCUUGUUUUAAGUAAAAGACAACCAAAAGUUAAUGUUAUGAAAUCAACUAUUUAAAUAUUUUUAAGUAAAUAAAAAAAAAACAAUGUAACAAAUUAAUUAUAAAGCUAGCUAUGAGUGUAAAUGUUAUCGAUUUUUAAGUGAAUAAACGCAGAUUUUGUGCGGAGUUUUUAUAAUUAGAUAGGUAAUAUAUUGAAUGAAAUUAGCUAUGGCGGGAUCGGUCACACAUCUCUGUGGCGCUGAGCCGGGGGUUCGACUCCGGGGGCUCCACGCAGCCGAUUGUGCAAUUAUUAUUUUGUAAAAAAAAAUAGUAAUUUAAAAAGUGUGUGUGUGCUAACACGUGGAUUUCCAUAUUACUAAAUGUGAUAUUUAGGUAUUACGAAGAAAAGUGCGGUUUGGCGUCGGGCUACGGCCGGUAUACUCCGGCGCACAAGUAUUUGUAUACGCUGUCUUCAAUGGCCCAUCUCUCUGCAAUCCACCGGUUGCUUACUCAGAACAAUUACCACAGGACCUGCCUCGCUAGACGUUACCUCUCUGUCAAUAGUAUAUGAUCACGAUCUAACGUAUCUGUACAAACCAUGUCUUUAAAAUCGAUAUCGAUGGCCUCCGUGGCGCAGUGGUAUGCGCGGUGGACUUACAAAACGGAGGUCCUAGGUUCGAUCCCCGGCUGGGCCGAUUGAGGUUUUUUUAAUUGGCUAGUUACCACCCUACCGACAAAGACGUACAGCCAAGCGAUUUAGCGUUCCGGUACGAUGUCGUGUAGAAACCCAAAGGAGUGUGGAUUUCGGCCUACGUCUAACAAGUUAGCCCGCUUCCAUCUUAGAUUGCAUCAUCACUUACCAUCAGGUGAGAUUGUAGUCAAGGGCUAACUUACACAUAUUGUGUAUUACGAUUUAAAUAGUUGUGUGUAGUGUAAGAAUAGAAAUAUCUAUUGGUGUCAAAUAUUUUCGAUGUGUGAGUUUACCUCGUCCCCCUCAAAAACCGACGAGAAUUUAAGUGCGAUACAAGUUCAAAGGUAAUUGGUCUGAGGUUCUUUUGCAACCGCUCUAUGUAGCCAUGGUCUUAUUUGACUAACACCAUCGUGGUUACAGAUAGAUAGAUUAUUGAAAACGGCCGUAAAUUUAGUACAUCUACCCCCGUAUUGCGUAAGUUUUCCUACAGCUGUCAAAUCAGAGCCGAAAUUGACAACUGUCAAACGCGCUGUGGCCUGUCAGAAAAGUCACCCAAUACGGCAGCUAGUGUAACUUAUAUAUUUUAUGUAAUAUUAUUGUAUCGUAAGAAAAUAUAUUCUUAUUUUUCAUGGUCCAAGUUUUAAAUGUUUUAACGACUAUACAAAAAUAUUAAUAAUCAUUAUUAUAUAUUCUUGUCGACUUUAAAAAUUAUUAGCCCAAAAAUCCUCAAAAAAAAAAAUUGAUAUCUUCACAUUUGUGACAUUUUUUGGUGUUCAAUCGAAAAUAUAUUACGGAGGUAUAAGUACGAAAGGAAGAAAAACCAUGUAUACGCUCUCCCAAAAGUAAAUUUAGGUAAAAAUAUUUGGAUAUAAAAUUAUCAUACGAUUAUUUAUAGUAAGUUACGUGUAAAUGUCGCCUCAUUGGAAAAUAAGAAGUCUUUGUAUUGUGUAUGUAAUUAAAAUAUACAUAUAUUAUAUACAAGUUAAAUAAAAAAAAAUAUUGUCGUACAUUUUCUUCGGAGACCACGAGCGGUGAGGUAAUAGGACGUGGAGAGUAUGUUUGGCGUUCCGGUAGAUUUAAAUAAAGUUUAUAUUCAAACACCGAAAAGAGUUACUAGAACUUGAAAAAAGAAAAAUUAUAUAAUCUGUAACAAAAUCAUAAUACAUAUCCAAAAGCCGGGGCGUCGAACGCACGCUCUAUCGAAAAAAAAAAACAAAAAUUUUUAUAUUCGAAAUUUAAACUAGUCGAUAGCAUGUUUUCACGUUCAUUUCUUUCCCUCCUGUGUAUAAUUUUUGAUGUCUUUUUAGCGUUUAAUCCUCAAAAAAUCUAUCUUAACUGUUAUAUUGUGCAUUUAUAUUGAUAAAAAAAUCUCUUGUAGGGAAUAUUUUUAAAUUUAAUAAAGACAUUAUAAGUUUGAGUUUCAGCGCGUUGGCUGAGCCCACCAGACCGCAUUUCAAAUUGAUUCCAAAUUUGAAUAUUUAAAAAAAAUCGAACAACUUUUUUUUAAUACGUACACAAAUUUAAUCUGUGUGUUAUGCCUGAACAUUUGUUGAUAGCUUAAAAAAAGUUAUUUUGUGUAAGUUUGUACAGAGAUAAUAGGAUGGGACAAUUUGCAAAGAGAAUUUAGAUGUUAAAGAACAUUCCGUUUAGAAUGUUAUUAGAUUUUUUUUAAUUAAUUAAUUAUUAUUAAUUAAUAAAUAUAAAUAUUUUUCACAUCGGGAACAAAUCAUUAUGUUGUUUAAUCUUAUUUUAAUAACGUUAGUUAAUUUUUAAGUGGCUUUAUUUUUAAAAUAACCCUAUAUAUGAUUACAAUAUUAUAUUGAGAUGUUAUACAUGUCAUUGUUUUGUGCAAAGUGUUUGGGGUUCGAUUCCCGGUUUUAAAGAGAGUUGCGACUGAUAUGUAGUAGAAAAUGCCGAGCGUCACGCUCGGAGGGUCUGUACAAAGGGUUUACGCCGCCUUACACAUGUUAUUGACAGUGAUCUCCGCAAUUAGAUCAGCUUUUCUACACUCAAUCAGUUCCAUAAUAAGCUAUUUAAAACAAAAAAUAUUUUUUUUAUAUACUUUUAUAUCAAAAAAGAAAAAAAAUUAGGUUGAACAAAUCACGACCUUUGCUUGGAUAUUUUUUUUGGUCUACUGGCAACUCUGUUCGUAUUGUUUCGAGUUGAUGAGCUGGACUCGUUUUGAACUUUUCGCUUUUUGAAGAGAUCACUGGUUUAUUAGUGAAUCGUUUAAUGUAUAUCGUUCAAUCAUUUUUCCACAUAGUUUUAAGCAUUUUAGUUGAUAAUGUAGUGUAAUUUGAAUUAAUAGGUAGGCGGUAGUAAUUCUUUAUUAUUUUUGUUAUUUUUUUUCGUAUUUGUAAUAAAUUUUUCUUAAGGGUUAGGUUAUUCUUCAUCUGUCCUCGACAAGGCAGACAGGAAAUAAAAAGACAAUGAAAGGAAGUUGCAUUUUUUUACCUAAAAAACAUUAUGAAAUAAUCUUUAAGUGCAAUCUAAUCUUAAUUACCAAUAUUCUGUUGCCCCAAAAGGUUACAAUCGUUAAUUACUUUUGGGCGAAGAAUAUCACAGUAAACAUAUAAAAUAUGCUGUAUGAUCUACAACCAGAGUCAACGAGACUAAAAAAGUUAACUUUUAAUAUUUAUUAAAAAUCUAAUAAGCUGGACACCAAUCUUCGACAAAUUAAAAAAGUGAAUCAAUUAUUUUGUUGAAAUUGACUGUUAGGUUGAGUUUUAGUAAAAAUAAAUAUUUAUAUUUUUUGUAAAGUUUGGAAAAUUAACUAAAUUGAUGUACCUAGUUCCAUUUUAGGCUAAGCCUACAUCGACAAUUUUAUUCGCGCGGUUGCGAAUUUGCGUCCCAAAAACAUGUGGAUGUAAAUAAUAAGACGUUAUAAUAAUUUUGAAUUUAAAAAUUGCUGUAAAAUAAAUUUAGCUUUUUUUUUUAUUUUAGGCAAAUUUUUCAACGUUGCUCUGAAAGAUCGAACUGUUUAUUUCAUAUGUGUGACUUAUAAAUCUUAAAAGACAUUGCCAGUAGCAGCUUAGCAUGCGUCCACGACAUAUGCCGUGAAGAGAAAAAUAUAUAUUGUCGACCAAUGACGGCGAAGUUGAAAUAUUGCUCUCCCUUUCGUCCCAAUCAAAAGUGAGAGCGAUAUUUUGUGCAGGUUGUCAUUUGUUUUUCUUCCGACUCGAGAUGUGUCGUGGCGCGCAUCUUAGGCCUACAGAUCUUAUUUCUAAGCAUUCGUAAAACACAAUGUUGAUUGUUUGUGUGACUGUAUCUUUGUAUAGCCGUUUUGCAAUCGCAAGUGUGCUGACAGUACGCAUUGUUUCAUUAGUGUAUACCAAAAAUUCUAAAGUGAUAAUUAUCUAAUACGAUGAAAUCAUCAUAAAAAGCUACUUAUUUAUUGAAGAUAUAUAAUGAAAAAUUUGCUUUUAUGUAUAUGAUUUAUUUAAAAUUAAAUCUAUUUUUUGUGUAAAAUGCAUAAUUUUUACGCAAUACAUUGUGAACCUAAUGCUUUUUCAGUCUAAUAUUAAGCCACGAAAUCAGGUAUGCAGUCGUGCGUUUAAUUCUACUGUGCAUACUUAACUUUAGUUACUUUAUUUGUUGUUGAUUUUAUUUAGUUGAACUUUAAUGGUUUAAACUAAAUAAAGUCCAACGCACACUGUCGGCAGCGCUUCCGGUCGAAAAACGGCAUAAGUUCGAUAAAAUAAGCUCGUUUCCCUUCUAUAUUAUCUGUACCUAUGUAUAUUUCUUUAGCAGAUUAAUUUUUAAACAAAAUAAAAAUAACAAUUAUUGUACUUUUUAUAUAACAAUAAUUCCUUUAUUAUUAUUAUAAUUAUUAUAUUAUUAUUAUUAUUAUUAUUACUUAUUAUUGCAAAGAUGGGCGGUAUUUUGUUUAAAACAAAACGCAGGAAGCAUGUUCAGUGGACGUGGGUUGGCCACGUUAAAAAUAAUGUACAACAAAAAGCAUUUAAUUUUAGACAUAUUAAAUAUAAUGUUAUCUUAUUGAAAAAAAAUGAUAGUGUAAAAGUAUAAUUUCAUCGUACGUACUCUCAUAUGACGUAUGUACUUUGAUCAUCGGUACUAAUACCCUGGUGUGUACAAAAUACGAUAAAAUUAGAUAACAAAAAAAAAAUCUUGAAAAUUAUCUCUAAAUAUGUGCAAAAAUCCAAAUCUGCUGUUUUCCAUUUUCAAAAUAAUUUUUAAUUUGGUUUUCAGUUAUAAUUUUGGUAUAUAUACUAAAACCAAAUUGACUAAAAAUUAGACAUAACUAAACACUACUUAACUAAUUUAAAUAUUAAACGGUUUUCCAGCGACUGGAUUUUAUCAAUUUUGUCACAUAAAAAAGGUGUCCUAGUAUCGAAAUACGACAUGAAUAUUGAAAUAACGCUUACAAAUUCACAUCACAUACUGGGGAACAUUGUUUUUUAGUGUUUUAUAACUAAAACAAAGUUUUUUUUUUUAGUUUGUGAUUGGAAAAGAAAAAUAAAUAUCAUAGGACCAAUGUAUAAUAAAUACGAUAGACGCUGUUAUAAUAUAACAGUCUUAGGGCUUGUGAAUAAUUUAUUCACAGUGUUCUAACAUCUCACAAAUUUUAUUUUAAAAAAAACAACAUCCUUCUGUGGUAAAUUUACAGACCAAUUUUUACGGUGAAGCGCCGCCAUAAUUAUUACAAACUUCAUAAUCACACAAUGACAACAACAUAAUUAAUUAAAAUUAAAAAUUGAUUUUUAUUCUGUUAUUUUUUUAGUCUAAAAUUAAUCCGCACGUUAAUAUACCGCAGUAUGUUCUCAACCUUAUUUACAAAUACUGGUUGAUCUAUGGUCGGUUUAUUCAAAAUGGUUGAUCUAUUGUUCCAAUUAAAUCGAAUGGAUGAUGUCAAAAAUAAUUAUGAUCAAAAACAUGUGGAUUAAACAAUGUUGACCCUAAUUUUCUUGACCUUGGAUAUCUUGUUAAUAUUGGGUACACUAUUUGUAACCAUAGUUCUAUGGCUAUUUAUAAUGAUGGUCUGAGGCCAAUUCGAAUUACCAAUGGCUAAGUAAAAUGUGAGAUGUUAAAAUGCUACGAAGAAAUCGGUCACUCGUUCUCGGUGUAUAAAAAAUGAAUUCAAAAGCUCAUAUUAUGUUUUUUUUAAUAUAUAUUCAACUGAAGAGCUGAGGAGAUCAAAUUAUAAAUAUUGUUAUUUAAUUAUUGAGUACAAGUUUUAAUGGAAUAUUAUUAUUAUUUUCAAUAUAUUAUGUACAUUACA